AUGACAUCAUCUCCACUUCCACAUCCAACUCCACCAUUUGCACCACCACAUUCACUACCUCCACAACCACCGCCACCGCCACCACUACCACUGCCACCAUAUCCUUCUCCUCCUCAUCUACCGCCACUACCACCACAACCACCACCUCCUCCACCACCACCUACUCCAAAACCUCCACAUCCACCACCACCACCACCACCUCCUCCACAACCGCCAUCCCUACCACCACCAACUCCAUCUUCAUCACCACCACCACCACCUCCACUCCAUCAUUACCACUACCACCACAUGAUUAGUACAUAA